GAAAAAGGCAUCGCGUCAUCAUAUCGCCAACAGCCAGCUGUAGCUUGCGACUAAUGUAACCUGUGAAUGGGUACACUCCGCGGAACGUGUAGGGUAUUCAAAUUUAGCAUUGCAUGUGCAUUGUUAUCUUCAGCUGGCUGAGAUACAUAAUUCUAUCGUAGGAACAAUAGUCUAAGGAAUAUUAUAUCGAUCGCGGAAAGAAUGUUGUCAGCGAGUAGAUUUGCUGGGUUAUCAUGCCGGUUCAUGAGAAAUUAUUCAACAUCAAGGACGCUACUACAAGACAGGAUGAAGAUAGCUAUUAUAGGUCAAAGUCAGUUUGGAGAAGAGGUCUACAAGCUCCUGAGGAAAGAUGGCCAUGAAAUCGUAGGGGUUUUCACAAUCCCAGAUGUCAAAGGCCGUCCUGAUCCUCUAGCUUCAACUGCAGAAGGGGAUGGUACAAAAGUAUUCAAAUUUCCUCGCUGGAGGACGAAAGGCCAACCCAUCGAGGAUGUUGUGAACGCUUACAAAGAGUGUGGUGCUGAACUCAAUGUGCUUCCAUUCUGUAGCCAGUUUAUUCCUAUGAAUGUGAUUGAUAAUCCUAAACAUGGUUCCAUUAUCUACCAUCCUUCACUUCUCCCAAGACAUAGAGGAGCUUCUGCUAUUAAUUGGACUCUUAUGUGUGGAGACAAAAAGGCAGGUUUUUCAGUUUUCUGGGCUGAUGAUGGUCUUGAUACAGGUCCUAUUCUCCUUCAGAAAUCAGUUGAUGUAGACCCAAAUGACACAGUGGAUACCCUCUACAACAGAUUCCUUUAUCCAGAAGGCAUUAAAGCUAUGGGAGAAGCAGUUAAUCUUAUUUAUGAAGGCAAAGCUCCUCGCAUUGUACAACCAGAAGAGGGUGCCACAUACGACAAGAUCUGGAAAAAGAAGGAAGUUGCCCAGAUCCCAUUUGGCCAGUCUGCAGAAACUCUUCACAACUUCAUCCGAGGAAAUGACAUGAUCCCUGGUGCUUGGGCUAGGAUAGAUGGACAGCAAGUUACUAUGUUUGGUUCAACCCUCCUAUCAGGCAGCAAACCAAAUGGUACACCUGUAGAAAUAGAAGGCUGCAACACACCAGCCAUUGUUCAUAAAAACGGCAUGGCUAUCAUUGGCUCUGAUGACAAAAUGCUGAACGUCAAGACCCUUCAAUUUGAAGAUGGUCGGAUGAUCCCUGCUGCAAAGUACGGACAGUCAAUGGAUUCCGAAGAAAAGCUGGAGCUCACACCAGAGGAACAAGAGAUGGCUAAAACUGUUAAGGAUAUCUGGGCUGGCAUCCUUUCGACACAAGACAUUGCUGAUGAUACUGACUUCUUCAAGAUGGGAGCUGGAUCUAUGGAUGUUGCAAGGUUGGUUGAAGAGGUGAAGCAGAAAUGCAGUAUUGAGCUACAGAAUGAGGAUGUAUACAUGGCCACAACCUAUGAUGCCUUUGUACAGAAAGUGGCUAGGAAAGGAAGGGGUCUUGAUGAGCAAGUCUUUGAAUAUGAUGCAAUUGAGAUGAAUGUCAACAACAUGGACAUCACAUUCCCUCAUCAGCUAUUCAUCAACAAUGAAUUUGUUGAUUCAGAAAGCGGUAACACAUUCAAGACCAUCAACCCUCAUGAUGAAUCUGCUAUCUGUGAGAUCUCCAAGGCAUCCGUAGCCGAUACAGAUGUAGCAGUAGCUGCAGCUAAGGAAGCAUUCUAUGAAGGAGAAUGGGGCAAGAUGAACGCUAGAGAUAGGGGCAAGCUAAUGUUCAAGUUAGCUGAUCUAAUGGAACAGCACACAGAAGAGUUGGCCACUAUUGAGAGUAUAGAUUCUGGAGCAGUAUAUACAUUAGCACUCAAGACCCAUGUUGGCAUGUCAAUCGAUACCUUCAGGUACUUUGCUGGGUGGUGUGACAAGAUCCAGGGAGUGACCAUUCCAAUCAACCAUGCUAGACCAAACAGGAAUCUCACAUAUACAAAGAGAGAACCUCUCGGAGUAUGUGCUAUUGUUGUUCCCUGGAACUACCCCCUCAUGAUGUUGGCAUGGAAGAUGGCUGCUUGCCUUGCUGCAGGAAACACUGUAGUCCUCAAGCCUGCCCAGGUUACACCUCUCACUGCCCUCAAGUUUGCUGAACUAGUCGUCAAAGCUGGAUUCCCUCCCGGUGUUAUCAACAUCCUACCUGGCUCAGGUUCCGUGUGUGGUCAAAGAAUGGCUGACCAUCCUGAUGUUAGGAAGCUUGGUUUCACUGGCUCAACACCCAUUGGUAUGCAGAUCAUGAAAAGCUGUGCUGAGAGCAACCUGAAGAAGGUGUCUCUUGAACUUGGAGGCAAGUCUCCUCUUGUCAUCUUUGCUGAUUGUGAUAUGAGUGCAGCAGUCAGACAGGGACUUGGUUCAGUAUUCUUCAACAAAGGAGAGAACUGUAUUGCUGCUGGAAGAUUGUUCGUUGAAGACACCAUCCACGAUGAAUUUUUAGCAAGAGUUGUGGAAGAGGUCAAGAAGAUGAAGAUUGGUGACCCCUUGGACAGGUCAACAUCACAUGGACCACAGAACCAUAGAGCUCAUCUUGAGAAGCUUGUUGAAUACUGUGAUAUCGGAGUCAAAGAGGGUGCUACAUUGGUCUAUGGAGGCAAACAAGCUGAUAUGCCAGGUCUAUACAUGGAGCCUACUGUAUUCACUGAUGUCACUGAUGAUAUGAUGAUGGCUAAGGAAGAAUCUUUUGGACCAAUCAUGAUCAUCACAAAGUUCUCUUCCAGUGACAUUGAUGGCAUGCUGAGGAGUGCUAAUGGUACAGAAUUUGGUUUAGCAUCUGGUGUCUUCACCAAUGAUAUCAACAAGGCCAUGUAUGUCAGUGAGAAGCUGGAUGCUGGUACUGUCUUUGUCAACACCUACAACAAGACUGACGUUGCUGCUCCCUUCGGUGGAUUCAAACAGUCUGGAUUCGGCAAGGAUCUAGGUCAAGAAGCUCUGAAUGAAUACUUGAAGACCAAAACGGUGACAAUUGAGUACAACUGAAUGCCAUGCUAGCCAGCCUGUUAGCAUAAACUGGUUCCAUCCAAACACAGCAUUAAGUCAUCUCUUUAACAUGGAGAAUGUCAAGAGAGCCUGACUAGAGAACCAAACAGAAAUGAAGCUAGAAUCACACCAUCACUUGGCAAAAAAUGAAGAAACACCUUUCACAUCUUAUUUUCUCCUGCCAUCAGCAACUGCGCCUUUUUCAUUGUUUUUAUUUUGUUCUAAACCAAAUUAUGAUUUGAAUAGUGUAUUAAAUACUGAUAUUUUUUCCUUAUUGUUUUCAACAUUUCAUUAUAAUAAUUAUAGUUAUAGAUUUAUUGGAACUACAUCAAUAUUUUUAUUCAAUUUUCAAAAAAUCACUUGCAACUGACUAAAACGAUACAUUGUGUAACAAUGAGUAUAUGAGACAUGACAUAUAUGAGGAACAGUUACUGUUCAAGAUCUGUUAUCGUACUUGGUACUCUUAUUAAAGUUGGCCUCAAGGUCUUUUAUUGGGAAUUAUGAAUUCAUAUAUGAAGAUGAUUUAUCACUCACUUUCCUUUGGAAAAUAAAAAUUAAAAGACCAUUUGUUAAUAAUACUUAGUAAAUGUAAACAUUUCAAAAAUUAUUAUUUGAUAAAUUUUGUCCUUAAUGGGCAUUGUUGCCAUUGACGUUUUACCAUCCAACAAAAAUUACCUUUAAAAUAUUUUUCAUGUGUUAAAAGUAUUCAUUGUAAUAUUUAUACAUUAGCAGGGAGUUUACAGGCAAAACGUGCCAUAUCCUUAUGCUGAUGCAGUUGAUAUAUUACAUGGUGUUCAUUUUGAUCAGCUGCAAUCCAACAGAGCAAAGGGAUAUGGUCCUUCAUAUUGAAGGUUUGAGUUGGGAUUGAAAUUUCAUUUGGACCAACAUCAUGUAUGGAGCACUGAAUGAAAAGUAUUUUACUUUUUGGAUAGUUUUUAAUUGUGCUUUUGUGUGUUAACUAGUUACCAAAGAUACUAGUAAUGCAAGAAGGUUCUUGACUUGUAGUAUGGGUAUUAUCAGUUUAACUGCUUUGUAUCAUAUUAUUCAUGCAUUGCUAGAAUGGAAUCGAUCAGAUAUGUAACUACUGCAAGGUCUAUGUUAUCUUUUUAUUUUAAUUGUGUGUGUGUGCAUAGUGAUUUGGAGAAGAAAGGUGUUAAUGAUAAUGCAAUUAUUCCUAUUUAAAAAUAUGGUUAAGAAGAUCUUUGUUCACCAAUGUGAACAAACCCUCCCCUCUCCAAUUAUUUAGUUCUUUUGAUUCAUUUUACUUAUAAAUAUGAUAUCCUUUCCGAUAUGGCUAUACUGCUCUCGGCAGGUCAAAUACUUGCUGAGCAAGCUUUGUUAGGUGACUAAUGAAAAUAUUUAAAGUAUCUUGUUCUUCCUCCCCUUUUUAAAAUGUCUGUCAAUAAAUUGAUACAACACUUCUUAAAGGGGUACUCCAGGCUGAUAAUAUGAUUUUAACGGAUAAGGUAUAAUCGGACAAACAAAACACUGAAAAUUUCAUCAAAAUUGGAGUAGGAAACACAAAGUUAUUAAAUUUUAAAAUUUUGCAUUAUUUGUCGUGAAACAGAUCUAUGCAUGUCUUCAUUAACAUGCAAUACCAAAGCUAAUGUCACAUCUCCACUUAUUCUUUGUGAAUCACCUCUGACUUCUGAGUAAAAAAACGACUUCAAAAUUUGCCAUUUUUCAUGGCAUAUUUUAUUUACAGAAACAUCAUAUGAUUAGAGCUACUAAGUAGUUUUGCAUGUAAUUGAAAGUACAUUUUUAUGAUGCAGAACUUCUGCCAUCUAUAAUUGUACCUUAUGUGUUGGGGCCUGUGCAGUGAACUUGCCUUAUGAUUCAUUUUUUAAGAAUUUUACAAUUAGGAGGAUUGUAAUUGCUUUGACUGUGAUUAUAUUAUUGAUGUGAAGCAAUCAUGAACAAUAUGUUGAAAGUAUACUUAUUACUGAAUAAAACUGUGUGCCAACAUUGGAGUUAAGAAAAAAAUAAAAUGCAUGUAUAUACAGAACAAAAGAAAAAAAGGAAAAACAUUUUCAAACAUGUAGAUAUCAGAAAAUCCUAAAUCAAUGCAUGUAUAUUUUUAUCAAAGUUGUAUGAUUUUCUCAUGUAAGAGUAAAAUGUGUUUUGUGUAAGAUGUAGACCUAAUGCGUUAAUACUCUUGUCUACCUUGGAAAGCAGCUGUCAUUUUCACAGUUUUCUAUAAUUAUUUUGAUACUCUCUCAGUAUUACCUAAGCUGCCAUGGUGAAAGAUUCUAGUGUUAAGACCUCUAUCACACUGUAGCGAUAAUUUAUUCAAGAUUUUAUCACACAGACAGCUAAGGUAAUUUAUGUUUCCUGUUCUAUUUUCUGCAGUUGUGGAUUCAAACAAAUAGUAUGGGGGUUCUUUCUUGAUAUUCAGUUAGGUCAUUAUCCUACUUAAAGCCCUCAAAAUACUUUGGAAGGUACUUAAAAAAAUUGAAUCAUGAAAAUAUGUUAAACAUUUUCAUGCCCACUUGAAUGCAAAUGUACUCCACUUCUAAAUAGCCAUUACUAGGUAAACGGGCACGUUUCAAAAUACUUUGGAAGGUACUUGAAAAAAAUUUAAUCAUGAAAAUUAUGUUGUCAAAAAUUUUCAUGCCCACUUGAAUGCAAAUGUACUCCAUUUCUAAAUAGCCAUUACAAGGUAAACGUACACGUUUCACUGCAUUAUGGAAUUGUUAACAAAAAUAUUUUCAAGCAAACAUGCAUUCUUUUAUCACAAAUGUUUAUUAUGACACUCACAUACAUGUGGAACAUUUUUAUCUCUCCCUUUUUUUUAGAUCUGCAAUGUGUUUCUUUUACAUGUAAUAAAUGUAAGUUUUUUUAAUUCAUCUUUUUAUUCAUUUUUAUUCAUCUUCUAAAAUGUAGAUAUAUUCUAUUCCACAGAACAACUUGAGAAUCAAAGUCCUAUCUAUCUUUCUCAUGUCUAUAUUAUUGUCUCUCCUGAUGGUGAAAUUUUUAAAGAUCUUCAUGUCUUUACUUUCAUUCUAAAAAAAAAUCAAGACAUUUGCAGAUCAUGAUGAAGGUCCAAAUAUCAAAAACUAAUUUGAUACAAUUUAACCCUUUACCAUAUGAGAAUAUGGAGAAACAUGUUUGAAUGGAUAAUUUUUCUGUUCCUUCAUAUUUGUUAUUUUUUGUUUGAUUUGUUUUCAUUUCUUUAUUUCUUAAACUUAGGAGAUUAGUAUUAUAAUUAUGUAUCUAUGUUUGGAAAAAACAUAAAAAAACAAUUCUGAGGUAUAACAUGUGUGUCAUUGCCUUAGUAAUACUCUGUAAAUGAAUACAUAACCUCUUGUAAAAAGAAAGUCAUUUAUCU